UUUAUUUUACAGUCUCAUCGACCGCUUAAAUAUUUCAUAAAAAUAAACAAAAUGGAGCAGCAAUCAAUAAAGGUGAAGCCAGCCGAGGUAACCGUGUUGAAUGCCGCUGGAAAAUUGUCCAUGCCGACAGAGGCGAAUUGCUUGAGCCAGUUGGCACGCGUUCAUGAUUUGCGCGAUUCUGAGCUGCAUUACUAUGAUCAUCAAUACGACCUGCAAAUGCAAAUGUUGCGCAAACGCGAGGGUAUGGGUGUACCAUUGAAAAUGGGCAUGGAACGAUUUGCGGCCAGUAAAGUCGGUCGUCUGCCAUUCCUACCGUCCAGCAACCUUAUGGAUGACGUGCUGACUGGUCGCUGUGAUACCAUCUCGUUUGAGGACUUCCUGAACGUGCCCGAAUACAGUGAGCAGAUGCGUCAACCUCAUGCCGUAAUGGAGAAAUCUCUGGGCAUUUACAAUUAAGGAAACAUUGCGGAAAAUCUUGGUAUUUCCAUGCACAUACACAUAACUUUGGAAACGAAUAAAUUUCUACGUAAACGCUACAAGUUGGUUAUUUCAAAAAUGCCAACAAUAAAAU